GCAUUCGUAGAUGGUUUUGCUGUGCCCACCCCCACAGGAAUGUGACACCCUCUCAGACUGACCCCAGCAGCUGUAUGGAGAGAGAGAACACAUGGCACUGGCUAUUUUAAGAGUUCAUUCAACCAACUCAUUCAAACAUAUCUUUCCCUGGACGUGGUUGUUCCUUCUGGAUCUCUCCUCAGCUGAAAGUUCUGGACAAGCUUGUCAGGGGCCGGGCAAGUUCAUAAGUACCUGAGACGAGUCAAAGUCAACCAGAAUAUCAAACAGGCCAAUAUGGCUCUACUGUGUUACAACAGAGGCUGCGGGGAUCGAUUUGAUGCUGACAAAAACUCAGAUGAUGCCUGUCAGUUUCACCCCGGAGUGCCAAUCUUCCACGAUGCCUUAAAGGGCUGGUCCUGCUGUAGAAAGAAGACGACAGAUUUCUCCGAGUUCCUGUCAAUCAAGGGUUGCACCCGCGGGCGUCACAGUAAUGAGAAGCCUCAGGAGCCUCUGCGGCCGGAGGUGACGUCUGAGAAGGGAGACGUAAAGCAGCGCAGUGGAGAAGAGAUUAUCUACCAGGGACCCAAAUCUGCUGAAGCCCUGGAAAAAGAGAGACCCAGUUCAGAAGAGCCCAAGGUAAAGCUGCAGGUGAAGGUCUCUCCCUCUCUGGCUCAGAUCCUGGAGAAAAUGGAGAUCACUGAGAGGGAGAAGAGAGAGAAGCUAGAGUGCCAAAUCGUCGUGGUUGGUGUUAGGUGCAAAAACGCAGGAUGCAAAACAACUUACCAGGGUCCAGAGACUGAAGCAGAGAUCUGCUUACAUCAUCCCGGGGCCCCUGUCUUCCACGAAGGAUACAAAUACUGGAACUGCUGUUGCAUAAAAACCACGGACUUCAACGCCUUCCUGGAUCAGAAGGGCUGCACAGCAGGAAAACACUGCUGGAUCCCCAAAAAUGACAAAAAGAAAGUGGCUUGCCGGCACGAUUGGCACCAAACAGGAAACCAGGUCGUGGUCACAAUCUACGCCAAGAACUCCAGUCCAGAGCAUUCCUAUGUGGAGGCAAACCGCACAGUGUUAACAUGCCACAUUCAGUUUGAGGGUGACAAAGUGUUUCACAAGGACAUCCACUUAUGGGGGGUGAUCGACGAGAAGAGCAGUUUUGUGAACAUGGUGCCCUCUAAAGUGGAGGUGACCAUGCAGAAGGCUCAUGCUGUAGCCUGGGGAAAACUUGAGGACCCCAAACACAAACCAGAGCCAGAGGUCACCAAUGACAUGAACAACACAGAACAGGAAAACGUCAAACCCGACUGGUACAUCUCAGAUGACGACAUCAGUGAGUCUGACUGGGAAGAUGAUGAUGAGGAAGAGGAGGACAAGAAAGAGAGUGAGGAGAAAAAAGAACAACAGGAAGAUGGACCCCCUGAGCUAGAAGAGCCUGCUGAUGUCCCUCCAGUAAAAUGAACAUUUAUUCUGCAGUGCAAUGGUUAUGUAUUUCUGAAGUUAUGCAUUUGUUUACACAACACUUGAUAGAUUUAUACAAAUGUGGGGCUGCCUCUUUCAUGCAUUUAGCCUUAAAAAAAAAAAAAGUAAAUAGUUUUUCACAUUGUUUUAGUCUGCUAAAAUAAAUAAGAGAAGUCUUAAAACUUGUAUUCUCCAGUUGUGCACAGUUUCAUGGAGAGUUUGAAAAUACACACUACUGUUCAAAUGUUUGGGGUUGGUACGAUUGUUUUAAUGUUUUGAAAUAAGUAUUUUAUGCUCCUCAAGGCUGCAUUUGUUUGAUCCACACACAAAAAAAAUAUAUAUAUUGUGAAAAUUUUUAAUUUAAAAUAGCUGUUUUGUACUUUUGAUACAAAAUAUUUUAAAAUGUAAUUUAUUCCUGUGAUGUCAAAUCUGAAUUUUUAGCAUCAUUACUCCAGUCUUUAGUGUCACAUGAUCCUUCAGAAAUCUUUCUAAUAUGCUGAUGUGGGCAAUUUUGAAAACAGAUUUUUGUGGAUGACGUCAUACGUUUUUUUCAGUGUUCUUUGAUGAAUAGAAAGUUCACAAGCACAGCAUUUAUUUGAAAAAUACUUUUGUAACAAUGUAAUUUAAAGCAUCUUUGCUGAAUACAAGUACACACGGUCUUUCAACAACAACAACAACUAAAAAAAUGACUGACCCCAAAGCAUUACUGUGGAUUCAGUGCAGAUUUUCAGCGCUGACAAAGUAUCUUCUAUAUUGCACUGAAAACCAUAAGAGCGGUAAACCAUCACAGCUUAGAUGAAGUAUAUUCUGUGAAAUCAUGACAAGAAAGUGCAAGAUUUCAAACAGCAAUGGCCACACUUUAUUUUUGCGUCAAGUCAACAGCAACAAUCCUGAAGUAGGUGAUUGCAGUCAGACAGGGUCUAAGGCCAUGGAAGCUUGACUGCAACCCAUAUGGCAAAAAAUAUUUUAAAUAAAAAGGAUAAAUAAUACAUCUUAAAAGUAAACAGUAGUCUUGACGAUGAAGAGGAUUGGUACCAGCAAAUAAAAAGUCAAUCUCUUCUGUUUUGGUUCUUUUUCUCUGUUCAUAAAAUCAUUGUCUUCUGCUUGUACCUGAUAGCCACACUCAUAAUCGAUGUGCUGAUACGUGGAGAUGGUCGAGUAAUGCGUUUGCUGUGUCAAUCCAAACUGAACAGCACACAGCAACAGUUCAUCACAGAUGUGAAACUUUAAAACAAAGACAUGCAAAACAAUAAUAAAAAAAUACAGUUCAGCUUUUAGGGGCACAAUCAGCACCUUGACUUCAAAUCAAUACCACAUUUGCAAUGUC